AUGUUCACAAAAUACCGUUACAGAAACCGACCGAGUUACGAUGCCAAACGACACUUUAUUCUCGGUGCCCAGCUUUUAUCCAAAUCAAGAUCAACAAAAGACCGAACAUCUUCCUUAAAACUAGCCAAAUCGGCUUCCGAGGAAGCCGACAAAUCCAUAUCAUUAGACCCACGUGACGCCGCGUCACAUAUAUUAAAAGCAUUGGCACUUGAUGCACAAGGGUUUAGUACGUCGGCAGUGGAAGCGCUUGAUGUAGCGCUUUCAACGCUGACUGCUAAAUCCUUGAGUAGUAGUGAAAGAGGGGAUGCCCUUUUUAAAAGGGCCGAAAUUAAAAUGAAAGUUAAGGGGAAUAAGAGAGGUAAAGUGGAUUCGGUUGUUGCGGAUUUGGUUGAAUCGGUUAAGUUGAAAGGGGAUAAUGCUGGGGCUUAUCGCCUUUUGGGCGAGUGUUAUGAGAAAAAGGAAAUGAGGGAGGAAGCGGUUGAGGCUUAUGAGCGCGCCGUCAGGAUUGAUCAUGAAUGUGGCGCGGCUCGUGAUGCGUUGAACCGGUUGGGUUCAAUGCAAUGA